CGAGCCCGCCUUUCAUUCCAUUGUCGAUUAUCACCGCCGAAUGACCAGUUGCUACUGCCACGCGCAGUACAACCGUCAAAAACGGCUAAAAUCAAGCACGUGCAACGCGCAAAACUAGCGAAAACUUCUCAAAACGUACCGAACCAAUAAAAGAUAUACACAAAGUGAAUGUUUAACUGUGACAUAAUAUAAAUUGUGGAGUUUAAAAAUAGAAUGGAAUAAAAACAUCUAUUAAAUACCGCGCCGAAGUGCAUUUUACAUAAUUUUAAUAAAGAUAAUAACAAUAAUGAAGCCGCCAUUGUGGAGAUAACGAUGGCGCGCGUUUAACAAUUUUCGAAAAUUACGAGCGACAAUAGGAGCGCUCACGCGACGACCGCGACCAGAUAACAAUUUCUACAAAAGUUAUUAUGCGACGAAGGUGAGUCGGGCAAACAUCGCGCACGUCGAAAAAGUUUAAGUAAUAGUUAUUUAAACGCAUUGUGCUCAUGCAUUAAUGACUCCGAACCAGCUAAACACGGAUACUCACAGUGAACGAAUUUGACGAAUUUGUGCUUUUGUCGGCCAUGAUGGUUUCUACAAACAUGUGAAUGCAAGCAUGAUAGGAGGACGAGGACAAUGUGCAUCGUUAGCGCGCACGUUGCUGGCGCUCAUCGGCGUUCUAGUGUUGUUUGGGGGUGGCGAGGGGACGCCGUCCCCCACGGCAGCGUACAAGUUCGAAGAGUACGUAGUGGAGCACGAGGUGUCUGCGCUGCGGGCGAAGAACGCGGCACUAGCAAUCGAUCUGGAUGCAAUACAACCACCAUUCAGCUGCCAAAAGUGCACCACCGAAGAGAUUCGUUACUGCGAGAGUGCGAAUUUCGUCAGCGACCAUUGUUGCUGCGAUCGGCGGUUUCACGAAGAACUUCCCUACAUUCCGCACACGUGUUACUUGGGCAGAAAACUGUGCCGCCCCAUCGCCGGCCAUUGUGACGAGUACACCAAGAUAAGAAAAUGUUGCUGUGAUAAACAUGCUCUUGCAUUAUGGAAGGCAAAAUCUUCCUCGAAUAGUAUUAUUUUUCCACACCGAAGAAAAACUCUAGUGCUACACGUUCUACACGUAAUAAUUAGUGUCUUUGCAAUCGCUGCCUUCCACCAAGCUGUGUAAAUUAUAUUUAAAAAAUAUAAUUAGUCGCUAUUUAUAUUUUGCAAUAAAUCUUGCAAAGUAUUUGAACUUUAGUUAUAAUUUUAGUAAUAUUUUCAAAAAAUUUGCUAAAAAGUAUAUAACAUAUUGUAUUAUGCAUUGCGUAUUUGUAUUAUAAAUGUAAACGCGUAUUUUUGUUAAAGCUGGAAAAAUAUAUUGUUACAUAUUUCAAA